AUGCCCUGGAGUCCUGGAGUUCGACAAUACGGGGUCCUUAAGGAUUUUUUUGACUCACUCUGGUCGUCCCCGAAAGAGAUAAAUACCGGUCAUUCCUUGGGCACCCCCUCAUCCUUCACCUCCAGUGACACUAUAGCUAUGCAAGAGAGCCAACAGAACACGCCGGGGACAGCCACUUACUAUUACCCUGUCGUCGGGCGUAAGAAUACAGGCGCCGUUUAUGACCGUAUUCACAUCACAGACAUGGAGAAGAGCUAUCCUUACCAGUUCUCACUCUUCAUCCUUAGCUACUCCGCGAUCCAAGGUGUCCGUGACACCUCUCUCGGUAUCACCUUACCAGAUAUCGAGUUGCCAGCGGCCUCCUACUUUGAGAUUGCUGGGAUUCAUGGCAAGCCUUACCGCGAGUACGCUGGGGAUAGGAAGACCCCGAAAGAGAGGGUGGCAGACUAUGAUGAGAAUAAUCCUAAGGAUACGUUGCCCACUCCUUCAAGGUUUGGAGGCUAUUGCAACCAUGGAUCUGUGUCGUUCCCCACUUGGCACCGCCCGUACAUGAUGCUGAUCGAGCAAGUAGUCGGAAACGUUGCCGACCGUAUCGCAGCCAAUAUCGAAAAACAGUAUCCGGCAGAAGUUGGGAAAUGGGUUCCACAGGCCCAGCAACUGCGCUUUCCGUUUUGGGACUGGGCUGAUCCAGCAACCAAUGCACAAGGGUUACCCGCCGUACUUUACGAGGACACUGUGGUGAUCACGCUCCCGGGAGGUCAAACCGCGACCGUUCAGAACCCCAUUGCGUACUAUACCUUUCAAGAAGGCUUUCCUUACGACUUCGCAGACGUAUACAACUCAUCGACUGGUCAGACGGCAUACUACUCGAAGUGGACGCGGACUUAUCGGCAUGCCCCAAGUACCCCUCAGGGGGGUACUGACAUAUCUGGAGUCCAAACUGCUAUCGAGUCACAGGCGUCUCAUCUUAGCUCGGGGAUAGGUCUUCUGUUUGCAUUCCCAGACGGGAUGGAUCCUGCAAUUGCCUACGACGAAUUCUCCAAUGAAGUGACCGAAUCAAAAAGGCAGGAAGACUACUUCAAUAGUGGAUCCCUGGAAGCUCUCCAUGGUAUUAUCCACGGCACUAUUGGUGGAAAUGGAGACAUGACUGAUCCAGAUUAUGCUGCUUUCGAUCCCAUCUUCUUCUUCCAUCAUAGCAACGUCGAUAGGCUGAUUGCACUGUGGGAAUGGUGCUACCCAAACUAUUGGAUGGGUGAUGGCUACGUCGAUGCCGGCGUGAGUUACACUUGGACGCAGCAACGCGGGACCUUUGGUCAAGUGUAUAAUGAGCAAAUCCUUCCUAAUGGCGCUCGCGGGAAUUUGUACCCUUUCAGGAAUGAUAAUGGGACGUACUGGACCUCAGAUCAAUGCCGUUUCUUAGAUGCGAAUGCUUAUCCUAAAUACUACUCCUACCCAGAAUUUCAGGGUGUUAAGGUUGAUCAGACGGCGACAGAUGCCGAACGCGCUGCAGGUCGCGCAAGAAUCGCCAAGUACUACGGCUUCGACCCCCAGCAAGCGGCAACACAAGUAGACACGGAGGCGUGGAGCCACUUGCCCGUUCCAUCGCCCACGGAUGCUGGGCUUCCUCAGACUUUCCAGGCGAUUAAGAACUACCGCGUCUUCGUGGUCCUGGUCCAGCUUCCGGAAAACGCAUUUAAUACAUCGUACCACUUCGAAUUGCAUCAAACUAGUGGCAGCCAAACUUUGAUUGGCACGGUGACGGUUUUCACUCGGCCGGACUAUUCGCCAUGCACGGCCUGUGCUUUGCGACGGGAAAUGAACACCGUGGUCCGCGGCGUUAUAACGCUUCCUCCUUCCCUUCUGAACGACAUCAUUGUCAGCGGCGCUGGCGGUGGCAACGCAACUCUGGAAACGACGACAGAGGCAAUUGCGCAGAGUUUGACGGGAAAGUUGUUGGAUCCAUCUCGCCAGGUAGUGUCGACUGCGCAGGGUGGGACGCGCGCGCCAACUGUGCCGCCAAACCAGACGUCCCCGCCAAACAUCGUGCCGAGUGGUGUGACACUGUUCAGUGCGGCCGUUGCGGAGAAGACAGAUGACAAGACCUACCCUGUGCAGCUGUAUGAUUGGCAGAAGCACAAUUCAUUGUUCACUAGUGGUUGGCAGCACCAGGUCAAGCCAGCUUCUUGA